CGCCACCGCCACCGCCGCCGAGCUCCGGCCGCCGCCGCCGCCGCCCGACCCCGUCGGAGAGGGAGCGGGGCUGUCCCCGCCUCUCCGUCCAGCUCCGUUUCCGGCGUGCUCCUUUCGAGCCUGCGCGGUUCUGGACCGGCGGGAUCGAGGGGUUUUCUUCGGCGCCGCAGCCCCCCAGGGGAAGCGACGGUUGACGGGGACGACGAGGCCUCCUCGUUCGACGGGAAGCGGCCCCGUCGAGCACCGGCGUGGUCCGCCCUUCUGUUUUCUCCGUUUCUUCUGGUCCGAUUGAGUUGCCCGCUGUCAGUGAAUUGUGGGGUUGGCUUGUGGUCCACUCCGGCGGAAGUGACGGAGAACUGCUCCGUGGAUUUGGAGCAUUGUCGUUGGGAAGUCUGGUGCUGAGGCUAUUUGAGUCAAUGCCCGUCUCUAAGAAGGUUUUUCAGAAGAAUUCGGAAUGUAGCCAGAUCGGGCAAGUGUUUAACACAUUGAUCAAGCAGAUGGGAACUCCAGUGGAGUUUGAACUUCCAGAAUGGUUCACUAAGGGGAAGCCCGCACCAUACAGUUUUAUAAGGCGCAACAUAUAUCUCACAAAGAGGAUGAAGAGGCGUCUUGACGAUGAUGGCAUAUUUUGCUCUUGCAGCCCAUCACCUGGUUCUUCUGUUGUGUGCAAUAAAGAUUGCCAUUGUGGGAUGCUGCUCUCUAGCUGCUCCUCAGGAUGCAAAUGUGGAAGUUCAUGCAUUAAUAAACCAUUUCAGAAUCGGCCGAUGAAGAAAAUGAAACUUGUGCAGACUGAAAAAUGCGGUUCCGGAAUAGUAGCUGAUGAAGAUAUCAAGCAAGGGGAGUUUGUCAUUGAAUAUGUUGGAGAAGUCAUUGAUGACAAAACUUGUGAAGAAAGGCUUUGGAGUAUGAAACAUCGGGGUGAAACAAAUUUCUACUUGUGUGAAAUAAAUCGAGAUAUGGUAAUCGACGCGACAUACAAGGGAAACAAGUCGAGAUAUAUCAACCAUAGUUGUUGUCCCAAUACUGAGAUGCAGAAAUGGAUAAUUGAUGGUGAGACAAGAAUUGGUAUUUUUGCAACUCGCGACAUCAAAAAGGGCGAGCAUCUUACCUAUGAUUAUCAGUUUGUUCAGUUUGGUGCAGAUCAAGAUUGUCACUGUGGCGCUGUAGGUUGUAGGAGAAAACUUGGUGUCAAGCCUAGCAAGCCUAAGAUGUGUUCAGAAGCAGCAUUGAAGUUAGUAGCAUGCCAGGUUGCAGUGUCCUCUCCCAAAUUGGAAGGAGUCGUAUCCAGAAAUGAUGUUUAUCAGAAUGGAUGUCUGCGUGCAGAAAAUUCACGGUACAUUCGCUGUCAACGAUCUCCUCACAGUUGCGUAGGUGAACUUGUCAGAAUUACUCGUCCAAUGAAUGAGAGGACUUUUGGGAUUAUCAGACGCUUUGAUAACUUCUCCAGGAAACAUUCUAUAAUGUUUGAAGAUGGUGCUGUUGAAUUUCUUGAUAUGUCUAAAGAAGAUUGGGAAUUUGUGACUUUGUAACCAUAUGUGUCGGUUGCGGACCGGUCGAGGUCGACGAUGCUCAAAACCAGCUCCUCAUGCUACCUGUAAUAAGGGUGUGGAUCAAUCGUUCUGGCAGGAAACACAAGAAAUGCGUCCAAGAUAAAAAUCACAUCCGUUUCUCCCUAUCUCCCUCUGGCGGAUCAUUCGCAAGAAAUGUUGUUGUAUCAGUUGUGUAACAAUUCAAAUUACUUCGGUUAUCAUUGUUAACUUUCGAUUCCGGCAACAUGGUUUCUGAUUCGAUCGAGCCGGUAUGUGACAUUAGCUGAGAGAACAAUAAUGGAUCAGAAAGUUGUUUCCGUGCUGUGAUGCAUCUGCAAUUUUAUU